UCAACUCAUAGCAUCUUUUAGUGAAUGGUAUAUGUAUAUCCUCAUUUUUAACUCAACUAGUAGAUUAUCAUUUUCAAUAACAAAAUGAUAAUAUGGAUCCAACAGUAUAGAAGUUGUCGCGAUUAGACACCAAACAUGCUUUCGAUAAUCACUUAUUAUUUGAACGGUUGAGGUUUGAGAUAAAUAUUUGUCAGAAGUUGAGGGAUACAUUUGGAAUUUAUCCCCAUUCAUAUAUUCCCGCCUUUAUUAUGUUUCUCUUCGGCAGUCCAAUUCCAACUGAUUUCCAUUUUCUUGCAUUUUCUUGUCUUCUUGUUUCGGUAUAUAUACUCUCAUCCGGUUUCUUUUAGAUCAUAAUAUUAUAACCUUUCAUUCUUGAGUUUUAUUUAAAUAUCCAUUCAUGAUAACUUCUAAUGCAGAAUUAUCGCCAAAGUACAAAAUAUACUAAUGCACUUGCAGAGAGGAACAAUCCAUUGUUUUUUAACUCUCCGUAAUUGUUUUCAUAAAUCUUGCAUUCUUGAAGAAAAACUUUAGAUUCUUCCACUAUACACUGAUCAGAAUAUUACAUUCUUGAGUUUUAAUUUGGAAAAAGAAGAAGGAUGGACGAAGGAUCGUUAGGAGGCGAGAUAGAUAACGAUAGACAUGAAACAGAUGAUAGUCAAAACCUCGGAUUUCCGCCACCUUUGCCAUCCAACGAGAAUUGGAGAUUUCAGGAGGCUGUUGGAAGCAGGUUUAUUCUACAGAAUCUUGAAACUGCAACGAUAGAGGACAGAAAUAAGGUCUUCCUGGAAUUAAAACCUCAUACACUUUCUCUAAUAAAGGACAUGUAUGGGAGUCAUGUUAUCAUAUGGUUUUUUGAACAUGGACUAGAUUUGCAGAGAAAAGAAUUGGCUGAGGAACUUUUAGGUCAUGUAUAUACACUUAGCUUUGAUCAGUAUGGUUCCAGAGUGAUUCAGAAGAAGAUAAAAAUCGUUAGAGAGCUCGAAAAUUAUGUUGAUACGAGUGUGUAUGAUCUAGAUGUAAUCCAGAAAUGUGUUGAAUAUGUUCUUGAAGAGCAUAUCGAGAUCAUUAAUGAUGUUGAUACGUGUCUUUAUGAUCCGAAAGCUAGCCUUGUAAUUGAGAAAUGUGUUGAAUAUGUUCCUGAAGAGCAUACCGAGGUCAUUGUUUCUGUUUGCAUAGAUGAAAUUGUUAAAUUGGCACAGAAUACUUGUGGAACUUAUAUCAUUCAGGUUUUAAAUUAA